CUGUUGUGUGGGAUGGGGAGUAGCCUCGACCUCUCUUCUCUCUCUCUCUCUCUCUCUGGGACGCCGCCGCACCGUGCGAAACCCUCCGCAGUGCCGAAUCCGCUCCGUUGCCAAGGUGAGGUGGUUUUAAGGAGCAGCCGUCAACAUGGACACCACCACCUCCAUCAAGAUGACCACGCUGGCCAUCCAGAACCUCUUCAGCUACGUGGAGGAGGAGAACCUGGCAGCGCUGAAGGCUCAUCUGGACCGCUUCAAGGAGGUGGACGGCCGCAGCGAUAAUGGUCAGACUCCAUUGAUGCUGGCUGCGGAGCAGGGCAGUCUGGAGAUCAUUCAGGAGCUCAUCAGGAGAGGAGCCAAUGUCAACCUGGACGACGUGGACUGCUGGUCAGCUCUGAUCUCGGCCGCCAAAGAAGGACACGUGGAUGUUGUCAAAGAGCUUCUGGACAACAGUGCUUAUAUUGAACACAGAGACAUGGGGGGCUGGACUGCGUUGAUGUGGGCAGCUUAUAAAGGUCGUGUGGAGGUCACCAAGAUUUUGCUGGAGAAUGGAGCCAACCCCAACACCACCGGGCAGCAAUACAGUGUGUAUCCCAUUAUCUGGGCAGCUGGACGAGGUCACUCAGAUAUUGUUAAACUUCUUCUGCAACACGGAGCGAAGGUCAACUGUUCAGACAAGUAUGGUACCACUCCUCUGAUCUGGGCGGCCAGGAAAGGACACUUUGACUGCGUGACUCACCUGUUGGAGAACGGUGCUGAUGUCGACCAGGAGGGGGCGAACUCCAUGACGGCUCUCAUCGUGGCGGUGAAGGGAGGCUUCGCCAAAGUGGUGAAGGAACUCCUGAAGAGGAACCCGAACGUCAACAUGACGGACAAGGAUGGAAACACCGCGCUGAUGAUUGCCGCCAAGGAGGGGCACACGGAGAUCGUGCAGGACCUGCUGGACGCCGGGACGUACGUCAACAUCCCAGACCGGAGUGGAGACACGGUGCUGAUCGGAGCGGUGCGUGGAGGUCAUGUAGAGAUCGUCAGAGCUUUGCUUCACAAAUACGCCGACAUCGACAUCAGAGGGCAGGAGAACAAGACGGCGUUAUACUGGGCAGUAGAGAAAGGAAACGCCACCAUGGUCCGAGACAUCCUGCAGUGUAACCCUGACACUGAGACCUGCACCAAGGAUGGAGAGACUCCUUUGAUCAAAGCCACCAAGAUGAGAAACAUCGACAUUGUGGAGCUUCUGCUGGACAAAGGAGCCAAAGUGUCUGCAGUGGACAAGCGAGGAGACACACCCCUUCACAUCGCCAUCCGUGGGCGGAGCCGCCGGCUGGCAGAGCUCCUCCUCCGAAACCCCAAAGAUGGCCGCCUGCUGUACCGUCCCAACAAGGCCGGGGAGACGCCGUACAACAUCGACUGCAGCCACCAGAAGAGCAUCCUCACCCAGAUCUUUGGAGCUCGCCACCUCUCUCCCACCGAGUCGGAUGGAGACAUGCUGGGAUAUGAUCUGUACUCCAGCGCUCUGGCCGACAUCCUGAGCGAGCCGACCAUGCAGCCGCCCAUCUGUGUGGGUCUGUAUGCCCAGUGGGGCAGCGGCAAGUCCUUCCUGCUCAAGAAACUGGAGGAUGAGAUGAAGACGUUUGCCGGCCAGCAGGUGGAGCCGUUGUUCCAGUUCUCUUGGCUGGUGGUGUUUCUGUCUGUGCUGCUGUGCUGCUCCGUGGCCCUCGUCCUCGGCUUCACCGUAGAUCCUAAGCUGGCCAUGGCCGUGUCCCUCAGCCUGCUGGCCCUGCUCUACCUCUUCUUUGUCAUGGUGUACUUUGGAGGCCGUCGCGAGGGCGAGAGCUGGAACUGGGCCUGGGUCAUCAGCACUCGUCUGGCCCGGCACAUCGGAUACCUGGAACUGCUGCUCAAACUGAUGUUUGUCAACCCGCCGGACCUGCCGGAGCAAAGCACCAGAGCGCUUCCUGUCAGAUUCCUGUUCACAGACUACAACCGUCUGUCGAGCGUCGGUGGAGAGACGUCCAUGGCAGAGAUGAUCGCCACCCUGUCAGACGCCUGUGAGAGAGAAUUUGGCUUCAUGGCGACUCGACUCUUCAGGGUCUUCAAGACUGAAGAGACCCAAGGAAAGAGGAAGUGGAAGAAGACCUGCUGCAUCCCAUCCUUCAUCAUCUUCCUCUUCAUCGUGGCAUGCCUGCUGACGGGCAUGGCCCUGCUGGCCAUCUUUAAGGUGGACGGGGAGAAUGAGACGGUGAACGGCGUGCUCAUCGCCAUGGCCAGCGUGGUCGGCCUCGCCCUGCUGCUCAACUGCCGCACCUGGUGGCAGGUCAGCGACUCGGUGCUGCACUCGCAGAGGAAGCGGCUGCACAGCGCCGCCAACAAGAUGCACAAGCUGAAGAGCGAAGGAUUCAUGAAGGUGCUGAAGAGCGAGGUGGAGCUGAUGGCGAAGAUGGCGAAGACCAUUGAUGGUUUCACUGAACACCAAACCCGCCUGGCUGUCAUCAUAGACGGCCUGGACUCCUGCGAACAGGACAAAGUUCUACAGAUGCUGGACACAGUGAGGGUUCUCUUCUCCAAAGGACCCUUCAUCUCCAUCUUUGCCAGUGACCCUCACAUCAUCAUCAAGGCCAUCAACCAGAACCUCAACAGCGUCCUGAGAGACUCCAACAUCAACGGACACGACUACAUGAGGAACAUUGUCCACCUGCCCGUCUUCCUGAAUAGCCGCGGUCUGUCCAGCGCCCGCAAGAUGUGUGUCCCCGCGCCUGCCAAUGGUGACGCCAGCACCACUGAGGGCUGGCAUGAGGAGCUGGACAGGAAGUUAUCUCAGCACAGUCUGGGAGAGUUAACCAAGUUUGGCAGCAAGACAACUCUCAACCGCAGGGACACGUACCGGCGUCGGCAGGUGCAGCGGACGGUGACACGGCAGAUGUCCUUUGACCUUUCCAAGCUGCUGGUGACUGAAGACUGGUUCAGCGACAUCAGCCCCCAGACCAUGAGAAGACUGCUCAACAUCGUCUCUGUCACAGGACGUUUGCUGAGAGCCAAUCAGAUCAGCUUUAACUGGGAUCGGCUGGCAUCGUGGAUCAACCUGACGGAGCAGUGGCCGUACAGAACGUCCUGGCUCAUCCUCUACCUGGAGGAGACCGACGGCGUCCCCGACCAGGCUGGCCUCAAGAACAUCUACGAAAGGAUCUCUAAAAACAUCCCAACCACCAAAGACGUGGAGCCCCUCCUGGAGAUCGACGGAGAUGUGCGAAGCUUCGAGGUCUUCUUGUCCUCGCGGACGCCCGUCCUGGCAGCGCGUGACAUCCGAACCUUCCUGCCCUGCACCGUCAACCUGGACCCCAAACUCAGAGAGAUCAUCGCAGACGUGCGUGCAGCCAGGGAACAGAUGAACAUGGGUACGGUGACGUAUCCCACGCUGCCCCUGCAGGAGGCGCAACCCCGCCCCACCUCCGUCUACAGCCAGUCCUCUGCCUGCUCCCCAUCUGCCUCCUUCAAUGGGCCCUUCAACCCACCAGGAGCCCUCGUCUCCCCCCAGCCCCACAGCAGCUACUACAGCGGCCUAGUGGGGUCACAACACCCCUUCUACAACCGGCCAUAUUUCCCCCAACAUGUUUACCAGCAGCCACGUCCCUUCGUGGCGUCCUCCUUCCCGUCCCACGCCGUCCUGCGCCCGCUGUACAGCACCGGCGUUCACCGGGAGCCGAGCAGCGGAGCCCCGUUUAAGGUUCCAUCUUUAAAAAGGAAGCAGGGCUCGGCCUCCGUCAUCUCCGGCACACCGGCCAUCCUCCUGAGCUCCAUGACCACCGACGCCGUCUGCGAGCGUGUCAGACAGAUCGAGGGCAUCGACCAGAGCAUGCUGGCUCAGUACACCGCCACCAUCAAGAAGGCCAACGUGAACGGUCGAGUCCUGACUCAGUGUAACAUCGACGAGCUGAAGAAAGAGAUGAACAUGAACUUCGGAGACUGGCAGCUCUUCAGAGCCACCGUUCUGGACAUGCGUAUUGUGGAGAGCCAGAUCAUCCACGAGGAAGCAGCCAGUGAGCAAGGCAGCACUGUGGAGCACCGUCACAGUGAGACGGGCAGGCGGGCAGUGGCCCCGCCCCACGCCGGCACCGCCAACCCUGACGCAUCGCCCAUGUACAGCUUCAACCUGAGCUUCGAGGAGCUCAGCAACGUGGGCCUGGAAGAGCCGCCGCGCCACGCCAACCUACACUGGAUGGGUGGUGCUCAUCGCACAGCUAGCAUGACCAGCCUGAACUCUCAGGAGUCUUCUAACGACAUCUGCAAGCUGACAGACAAACAGCAGGCGGAGUACCGCGACGCCUACCAGGAGUACAUUGCCCAGAUGGCCCAGCUGGAAAUGGCCGGCGGUGGUGGAGAAAGACCAGUCCAGCCCCAGCCGGGCCAUUUCAUGACCCCAAACCCAGAGGACAAAACCAGGGAGGGAGGAGAACAAGAUAGCCGCAAGUCCUUCCCCAAGAGGAGCAGUGCUAAGCCCACGGUGGACAGCCCCGACUUCACCUCCACCACCGAUGCCCUGGACCCAAUCACAGAGGAGGAUGAGAAAGCUGACCAUGGCUCUUCCAAGUCCCUGCUGACCCGCAAGCCCUCCACGGAGAGGGGGGGUCUCUUCCAGGGAGCUGUUGACCUGAAGAUGAAGGCAGGGGGAGGUCUACGCUACCAGAAACUGACCAGCGACGAUGAAGAGUCGGAGGAGUCGGACAAUGCUCCGCUGCUGAAAGACGGGAAGAAGGCAGUGGAUCCGAAACUCCCUGGUGGCUCCUUGGCCCUGAAGGGGAAGGACUACCUGUCGGACGCCAUGCUGGACAAGAAGGACUCAUCGGAUUCAGGGGUGCGCUCCAACGAAAGCUCCCCCAACCACUCCCUUCAGGACGAGGAGGCUGACCUGUCCCAGCUGGAGAGAGCCAACUUGAUUGAGCUGGAUGAGGAGAGCCUGGCCAGGAAGAGAGGCCUCCCCAGCAGCCUGAGUGGCUUGCAGGAUCCCACCAUCACCCGCAUGUCCAUCUGCUCCGAGGACCAGUGCAGCCUGCUGGCUAGUAGCCCUGAAGAGAGCUGGCCCUCCUCCAAGAGCUACAACCUGAACUGCACGCCCAGCAACGUCACACUCAACAACAACACCAAUGCACAGCAGGCAAACCGCCCACGCCAGCCCGCCGAGAGCUCCACCACCUCCUCCUCCUCCCUUAACCCCAGCACCUCCUCCACCAGUGACAUCAUCGUCCCCCCGGGUUCAGAGUCCUCACACUGUGCUACGACAACAGGGAGCGCCAAAUCACCUCCGCAGAAUGAGAAUGUGCGUGUGGUUCACCUGAAAAGGGGGCUCAAACCGGGAGAUCCACCGGAAAUCUGCACCGUGUCCUCAGACACCGUGACCUUCGGAGAGGAGCGCGAGAGCAUCCUGUGACCUCCCUCUGACCCCAGGAACCUGAAGACAAAGAGAGCACUGAACCCCCUUGCAUCCACCGGACUCCUCUUUUCUUUCUUUAAAGCCAUUGACACAUGAUGAGCGGGCAAAGUUGCACUUGCCACUGCUUUGGCGCAGAACAGCUAGCGUCGACAGCUCAACAUUAGCUAAAAUAGCACAGUACCCUAAACUGCGGGGCGUCGUUAGCUUUACUGUUAGCAAAAGAAGAGCACUUUGAAAGGUUAACAGCGAACGGAGUUCAAAGUUUAUAUAGUUUGAACUUUGAGCGUAGCAGCAAAGUGGAAAAUCUGAGCGACCCGCACUGCUGAAGGUAGCAACGCUGCUAGGUUAGGGGGCACUGUUCUCUCCAUAGGGAAACAACAGCUCGUGUGUUGUCGGCUUAACGAACAGCAGCAGGUAGGUUCUACCUGGAAGAGCCGGCCAUGGCCGCUGUGUUGCUGAGAGUCUGCCUCAAAGUUGAGGUGUUUCAAGCAUCCGACGCUCGCGGCUCUGAAAGGCGUGUGUCACCGAGCUGUAGAACACCCGCAGCAGAAUAUCCCGUCAAUACCCAGAUAACUUCUGAAUAAUGGUGCUCUGGAGAGAGGUUUCCGGUGGUCUGUUGUCUUGUGUAUUAGGUGUCAGUAGUACGUUAGACUGCUAAUGCAUGCGUAGACGUGUAGAUGAGACAGUAGGUCCGAUCUAACAGUGCGUGUGCUAAGUAGAAGUAUUAUGAGCAGCAGUUUGUCCCAUAGGAAUUUACAGAUGUGUGAUAGUUCGCUGUUGUUUGCAUUAUUUAUAGUUCUUUGCAAAUAAUGUGUUGAUGGUAUGGUGUUAUUUGGCCUGGAAAAAAGAAAAUGCCUCGACCCCC